AUGGCCUCACCAACUUCAUUUUACUUCCUCUCUUUGAUUAUUUUUCUUUUGAUGAACAUGAAUCCAUCUCAAUCUCAUUCUUCUGAGUUGAAAAAUAGUGCAAAUGAUGUUGUCCAAGUUUCUUUGUAUUAUGAAUCUUUGUGUCCAUAUAGCAAAGAUUUCAUUUUGAAAAGUCUUCAGAAUUUCAUUAAACUAGAUGUCAUGUCUGUUGUUAGCCUCCGUUUGGUUCCCUAUGGCAAUGCUGAUACAAGUCAAAAUGGAACCGUUUCUUGCCAGCAUGGUCCUGAUGAAUGCUACUAUAACAUCAUAGAAGCAUGUGCUAUUGAAGCUUGGUCAAUGAAACUUAGCUUGCCAUUCAUCUUUUGUGUUGAGAAUGGUUUAUUUACAAGUAGAACCCCAAAUUUAUGGCAAUCAUGCUCCAACAGUCUUAGAUUGGACUCAAAACUCAUUCAAAAUUGUUAUUCAAGUGGACAUGGAAAUCAGCUUCAUAUACGCAAUGGUAAAGAAACAAAUGGACUAAACCCACCUCUUAGUCACACACCUUGGCUUGUUGUGAAUGGCCAAAAUGUAGUUGCUAAUGAUGAUCUUGCAAUUUAUGUGUGCAAUGCCUACAAGGGUCCUAUAAAAUUCAAAGCUUGUCAAAGAUGA